AUGAGUGCUGACGAGUAUAAGCACAAUCUUGAACCGUCGAGUGCGCUAGGAAUACGGGAGUUAGAAACGAUCGAAAAAUCAAUCGUUGAACUUGUAGAAACUGCAGGGAAGGCAAUUAUGAGUCUAGUAUCAAAUAAAAAACGACUUUCGUCUGAAGACAAUGAACUCUUGAGGUCUGUAGAGAAGCUCACUAGAGCCCAACAGGAAGAAGAAUUUAAGAUACUAGCACAAAAAUUUUUUGACUUGGUGGAUAAUAUUCAAGAAAGAUUACGCAUUCAAUUUCGUAAUAUGCGAAACAUGGGUAUCACCUCAGGCGAUAUCCCUUUUUUUACGGUAACAUAUGGAGAAGCAAAAGAAUAUGAGAUCUGGAUAAAUGCUGCAAGAAUCCUGAGAAAGGAAUUGGAUAACAUUGUUGAUAUUGGCUUGGCUGCUGGUGAAGAUAUGAAAAUGGAAGUCGACGAAAAAGAAUAUAUUUUGUGA